CGAGACAAUUCUUAUUUGGUAACGUUUAUUUUGCUUGUUGUUUUGGCGUUUAAUUGAGCCAAUAGAGAAAGAGAAUAUUGCAUGACCUAGAGAUAUCCAACCAAUGGGAUGUCUCUGGGCGGGGCUACAGGGCACGCCCAGCUAACGUAAGCGUUGUUGUCGGAAGAAGAAGCCGAUUCUGGAAGCCAUUACGUUGCGCACAUCAAUUGAGUAAAUCCUACUAUUUUUGCGUACAAUACGCACAAUUACCUCUCCCAAAGGGAAAUUUGUGCAAUUAUGGCAUCAGCCGCGAAAAAGAGAAAAAUGAAUUUCUCGGAGAGAGAGGUGGAAAUUAUUGUGGAAGAAAUAGAGAAACACAAGCACACACUGGUUAACCACUUCAACGCUGGAGUCACUCACAUGGCAAAGAAUAACGCUUGGGGGGACAUCCUGAAAAAGGUAAACGCUGUCACCACCUGUCCCAGAGAGUUGCCCGAGGUGAAGAAGAAGUGGUCGGACAUGAAGACGGAGGUCCGGCGGAAAGUGGCCCAGGCGCGGGCUGCUAUAGAGGGAACCUCCGCUGACUGCACUCCAGUCCCCGUCAUCCUCACUGCGAUGCAGCAGAGGAUCUGUAACCUGCUGGGGGAGGCUACUAUCAUCAGCCUGCCUGCAGGAGACUCGGAUGCUGAUAUAAGUUUACCUGUCACCGUGAACGCAGCCUCCACCGUCACACUGGCAGAGACUCUUCCAGCGGGCUCAGCUACAGUCUGUGGUGAAGCAAAGCCACUGAUUGCUGAAACUACUUUCCACACCCUGGAGGAUGGAGGCGUGGUGGAGUACUGCACAACCACUGUGAGUGACUCAACUCCCACCGUGGUGGCGGCCGUUGAGGCUCCAGUAGAGAUGCUGGCUGCCUCCUCGGCCUCUCCCCCUCCACCUCAGAGUCAUGCCAAACCUCAGGAGCUGAAGAGCCGCAUCGCCCUCAACUCCGCCCGCCUGCUGCAGGAGCAGAGGGUCACCAACGUGCACAUCCGUCAGAUCGCCCAGCACAUGGAGGGACAGAACGAGCUGCUGCAGAUGAUGCGGCGCUCUCAGGAAGCUCAGGCCUUCGCACAGGAGAGACAGGCCCAGGCGCUGGAGGGCACCCAGGCCGCACUGCUGGCCUUAGUGCAGCUGCUCAAACCUGCUCUCAAAGACCUGCGCAAAUUCCUCCAGAGUGGGACUGAAGCAGCCAACUCCAGCAGCUCCGCAGCAGAGGAGCAGAGGCCCAGAACACCUCCACCUCCACAGCCGGCCGAGGAGGCACAAUAGACUCUGUGUGUGUGUGUGUGUGUGUGUGUGUGUGUGUGUGUGUGUGUGUGUGUGUGUGUGUGUACACAAAUAAAAAACGUGUCAAAAUUUGCUUUUGCGGUGAGCAUGUACAGAAUUUUAACUGUCUUUAACUAGCAGAGUUUAUGUUAUUUGAGACAUUUAAUUGAGUGUGUUUUUUAAUGCAGAGAUGCAGACGGUUAUCAGUAACAUGGAAUCCUUAGUUUGAUCCAGUCACCCUGCAGUUCACCCUGAAUAAAGAAUAACCAGUCCUGUUCUCCACACCAGAGAUGGCAGGGGUCUUCAGGUAGUGUGCACUGUGUCUUCAGAACUGAAGAAAAACUUGAAUAAAAAUCAUCUGCCUGUGUUUUGUCUCUGGGGUGCAUUGCUACUUAGCAGCCAGGAGGGGUCAGUGUGUGUAAACAGGUUUCAUCACUACAGCAGUAUAGUUUAAAGGUCCCAUCUUUUGGCCAUUUUUAUCAUAAUUCCAUUGUUGAGGUCUAUUGGAAUAGAUU